GUUUGCUUAAAAUUCAACGUGGAGCUUGGUGGUUUGAAUGCUUGUUUGCCAGCAGAGCAAACCCCUUUCGUCUCCCAGCGACCGACAAUCGUAUUUGGCGCCGAUGUGACACAUCCAUCACCUGGUAACAUGAACCAAGCCUCUAUUGCCGCCUUGACGGCUUGCAUGGAUAUGCGAGCCACGCGAUACUCGAGUGCCAUCAGAAUGCAAGCUAUAAAACACGGGAAUUACAAGUGAUUCGAAG